GCAGGCGGAAGUGGCGUCAUCGCCGCGCGCCCGGCAGAAGGCAGUGCCCUAAGGAGGUGGAAGGGGAUGUUGAGCCGGCUGCAGGAGCUCCGCAAGGAGGAGGAGACGUUGCUGCGUCUAAAGGCGGUCCUGCACGACCAACUGAACCGCCUCAAGGUUGAAGAAUUGGCCCUCCAAUCCAUGAUAAGUUCUCGAGGAGGGACUGCGAUGCCUUCCUCUCAGCCGGCACCUGAGCAGCUCCAUGAUAUGUCCAUGCAUGUAGACAAUGAAGCAUCAAUCAACCAAACCACACUGAAGCUGAGCACAAGGAACCCUAUGGAGGAAGAGAUGGAAGAAGAGGAGGAGGAAGAAUCUGAUUCGUAAAAGGGGACAAGAGCUAGGCUGCCUCAGUCACAAUGAAGCCAGCAGCUGGAGUAUCUCUCCUCCCCGGAAGGUGUAGUUAAUUCAAAGUACUGAAGGGAAACCAUUUCCCAGCACAGCAGACUGACCAGACUGUGAUGAAGGCUCUCACACCAGCAAGGCCCUCAUGUGAGCGUGGCUGCUGGAAGGUCCUGCUACAUCAAAGGAAUGGUCUGUGAGAACUAGCUCAUAAUUUUGCUCAGGCAGGUUUCUAAGCCCACUGUGUUGGCUGGGUGUAUGUCAACUUGACCAAGCCACAGUCAUUUGAGAGGAGGAAAUCUCAAUUGAGAAAUUGUCUCUUUUAAGACCGGGCUUUGGGCAUUUCUUAUUGCGGUGGGAGGGCCCAGCCCCUGGGCUGGCGGUCCUGGGUGCUAUUAUUAAAGAAACUGAACAAGUCACUAAGCAGCAUUCCUAUGGUGCCCCUCCCUCCUCCCCAUUGUCAAUACCUGCCUUGGUUUACUUCAGUGGACUGUGAUUCAGGAUAUGUAAGCCAAGUAAAUCCCACGGUGUUUUACCACAGCAGCAGAAACUGUAAGACACCCACCUACAGUUUUUCCCCUUGUGUAAAUAAACUAUCCUCAGGCACAGGUCCUAAGGGUGGUAGGAGUCACUCUUCUGCCUGAGAAGAGUUGGUCCAAAGACUGGAGUUGCAGGAGACCCAUUAGCCCACUGCGCAGAGCAGUGUGUGUGUACUGCCUAGUUUUGACUUUUUUUGGGGGGGAGGGGAGUGUCUUUUGUGUUUUUCAAGAGAGGGUUUCUCAGUAUAGUUUGGGCUGGCCUCAAACUCAAGAGUUCUACCUGCCUCUAUCUUCUAAGAGAAGUAAGCACUGGGAUCAAAGGCGUGCACCUCUAACACCUCGCUUUUGAGACAAGGUCUCUACACAGCCCUGGCUGUUCUGGAACUCACUGUAUAGGCCAGGUCAGCCUCAACCUCACAGAGCUUCCCAAGUAUGGUGGCUAAAUAAAAGCUAGCUGUAAGCUGAAAUAAACCCCUUUGUCCCUGGGUGUUCUUAUCAGAAACAGAAACUCUCAAAAGACAGUGUAGUUACGCCUUCCAGCUGUGUUCCUGUCUUCACUCCCACCUCAGUGCCUGGCUAAAUCUUAGUUAGGGCUUUCAUUACUGUGAAGAGACACUAUGACCACAGCAAUUUUCUUCCCCUCCCCUUUCCUGGUUUUGUUUUGCUUUUUUGAGACAGGGCUUCUCUGUGUAGCCUUGACUGUCCUGGACUCACUUUGUAGACCAGGUUGGCCUCAAACUCCCAGCAAUAAGGGAAAACCUUCAAUUGGGGCUGCCUUACAGUUUCAGGGGUUUAGUCCAUUAAAUCAUGGCAGAAAGGAUGGCACCAUGCAGGCAGAUAGGGUGCUGGAGGAGUCGAGAGCACUUGAUGCUGAAGGCAGCAGGAGACUGAACACUGAGCAGAGUUUGAACACAGAAAACCUCAAAAC